AUGUUGUUUCCCCUUACCUUCGUCCUGGCCAGCGCCGGUCUCCUUGGAGAAGUUCUCGGCAGUCCUCUUGCCCCUGGAUUGAGGAAGCGAGUGCCUCCCGUCGGACACAAGCUCCAUGAACGGCAUCUACCCGAUUUGUCCAAAUCAUGGGUCAAAAAGUCCAAAGUUCACGAAAGUCAGGUCUUGCCAAUGAGAAUUGGCUUGAAGCAAAGGAAUUUGCAGGCUGGCCAUGACAAACUUAUGGAAUUGUCAACUCCUGGAAGCGGCAGCUAUGGAAAGCACAUGACGCCUGAAGAAGUCAUUGACUUUUUUGCACCCCAUGAGGACAGUACCGAUGCUGUUUUGCAAUGGCUCCAACAGGCAGGAAUUUCUGGAGAGAGAGUUGCUGUUUCUGUCAAUAAGCAGUGGGUUCAAUUCGAUGCCACAGCUGCAGAGGCCGAAGAGUUGCUCGUGGCAGAUUUCUUCGUCUGGCAACACACCUCUGGCAAGCAUGACAUUUCUACCGAGGAAUAUCACGUUCCAGCACAUAUCCAAGAGCACAUCGACUACGUGACUCCUGGCUCAAGACUACGACAGAGGAACUUGAAGAUGGAUUCUGUCAACAAACGGUCAACCGCAGAACGGCCACAGCCUUUUAUCACCCAGUUGCCAGCGUUUCCUCACCCAAAUUCUGGUACCUGCGAUAAAUACGUCACAGCUGAGUGUACAAGAGCACAAUACAAUAUCCCAAACACCACGACAGCUGCACCCGGGAACGAGCUGGGUAUCUUCGAGUCGAUUGAUGUUCACUACAGCAGACAUGAUCUCGAUAUCUUCUUCAGCACACUUUACCCCAACAUUCCUAACGGUACCUACCCAAUUGAGCGAUUAGUUGAUGGUGCCAUCGGUGCAGUCGAGGAUUCGCCAACGCCAGUGCCAAUUGAUCUCGAAGCUCCAUUGGACUUUGAUUCAUCUUGGCCACUCAUCUACCCCCAAAAGGUUGUCCUUUUCCAAGAGGAUGACGAAUACUAUGAGUCCCAUGGAAACUACAACGGUUUCUGGAACACUUUCCUCGAUGCAAUUGACGGAAGUUACUGCACGUACAGCGCUUUUGGUGAGACAGGCGACUGCACAAAACCAGAAUGUCUUGACCCACAAUACCCCGACCCAAACCCAGGUGGGUACAAGGGUCAACUCCAAUGCGGUGUCUACAAGCCCACCAACGUUAUUUCCAUCUCAUAUGGAGACGGCGAGGCAUACCUUCCAGACUACUACAUGAAGCGUCAAUGCAACGAGUGGAUGAAGCUCGCACUUCAGGGUGUCACCACUGUCAUGUCAUCAGGUGACUCCGGUGUCGGUGGUGCUACCUGCAACGGCGACUCCGGCAAAAUCUUCGAGGUUGACUUUGCAAGCUCCUGCCCAUAUGUCCUUUCCGUAGGCAGCACCGAGUGGGAUCGCUUUGACAGCACAAUCGCUCCAGUCCCAGGAGAGAAGCUGAAUGAGGUCGCCACCAAGCGAUUCCCCAGCGGUGGUGGUUUCUCAAAUGUGUUCGGUAUCCCAAGCUACCAACGUACUGCCGUUGACGCUUACUUUGAUCAAGUCGAGAAGAAGCUCGGUUUCGAUGGGUACCAUCAUUAUGUCGUCGAUGGUAACUUCUCUAGCGUCACGGGUGGUAUCUACCAUCAUGGUGGACGAGCCUAUCCGGACGUCGGAGCUGUAGGAGAUCGCCAAUUGGUCUACUCUGACCCAUCUUGGUGGUUGGUCGGAGGAACAUCUCUCUCUGCACCAGUAUGGGGCGCUGUCCUGACGCUUGUCAAUGAGAAGCGUAUUGCUGCUGGCAAGAGUACUGUUGGGUUUAUUCAUCCUGUCUUGUACGCACACCCAGAAGCCUUCAACGAUAUCACCGUCGGUAGCAACCCUGGUUGUGGCUCGCCCGGUUUCAUUGCCGCGAAGGGUUGGGAUCCAGUCACUGGACUUGGGUCUCCAAACUUCCCAAAGCUUCUAGAAGUCUUGAUGGCAAUCUAG